AUGGUGAAAUCAAUAUCGUCAGAUUAUAUAGAGGAAAACUAUUAUAAAACAGAUCUCUCGCCGAAGGAGAACCAUGUAGUGUGUGAAUUAGAUCCUUCAUUUACUACAGAUGAAAAUUAUGAUCCAGAAGCUAAUAUUCGUGAAGAUCUAACAAGAGCAUUGAAACCAAGAGUGGUGAACAUGAUUUCCAUCGCUGGUAUCAUUGGUACCGGGCUUUAUUUAUCCACCUCAAAAUCAUUACAUACUGGUGGUCCAGCAUCUUUAUUUAUGAAUUAUACCAUCAUGGGUGGUGUCGUUUAUUUAACUUUACUUGCCCUAGGUGAAAUGUCUACAUAUAUGCCAAUCAGUGGUUCAUUCUGUGUAUACGCAAGAAAAUUUGGUUCUGAAUCAUUCGCUUGUGCAUUAAUGUGGAAUUAUUGGUUUAAUGACGCUGUCUCGGUAGCAAGUGAUUUGACUGCUUUACAAUUGGUUAUGGAUUAUUGGAAAACUAGUGAACAUGGUUUCCCAUAUUGGGCUGCAUCUCUUAUAUUUUGGUUCGUAGUGGUUUGUUUAAACGUUAUUCACGUUAGAUUUUAUGGUGAGGCUGAGUAUUGGUUAGCAAUGUUGAAAAUCAUUGCCAUCAUCAUUUUCUUUAUAUUAUCCAUUGUAGUUAAUGUAGGUAAAAAUCCACAACAUGAAUAUAUUGGUUUCAAAAAUUGGACACGUGGUGAAGCACCCUUUGUGGAUGGUAUUAAAGGUUUUGCAUCCUUAUUUGUUAGUGCAAGUUUUGCAUAUGGUGGUACUGAAUCAAUCACUUUAACUAAUGGUGAAGCUGAAAAUCCAAUUAGAAAUACUCCAAAAAUUGUUAAAACCGUGUUCUGGAGAAUUUUAAUAUUUUAUGUUGGAUCCACUUUUUUCAUUGCUAUGAACAUUCCAUAUGAUUAUCCAGGUUUAGAUAGUAAAUCUAUCGUUACAUCUCCAUUCACUUUAGUCUUCCAAAUGGCUGGAACCAAAGGAGCAGGUUCCUUUAUGAAUGCAGUUAUCAUGACUAGUGUUAUCAGUGCAUGUAAUCACGCUUUAUUUGCUGGUUCACGAAUCAUGUACAAUAUGGGGUUAGAAGGGUUUCUUCCAGCACGUAUUGUAUCAAGAACAAAUAGAAAUAAAGUUCCAUACGUUUCUGUCUUGAUUACAGCCGCGGUAGGUGCAUUAUGUUUUGGUGCUUCAUUCAUUGGUGCUGGUACUUUAUGGACAUGGUUACAAAAUAUUGUCGGUGUCUCUAAUCAAAUUGCUUGGUUAUGUAUUGGUAUUACAUCAAUUAGGUUUAGAAAAGGUUUAGAGAAACAAGGUAAGACUCAUGAAUUGAUAUAUAAGAAUUGGACUUACCCAUAUGGACCAUAUUUCGUUAUCAUUUUCGUUUCAUUUAUCAUUUUGAUCCAAGGUUGGUCAGCAUUUGCACCAUGGAAUGUUUCCAAUUUCUUUUCCUAUUAUUUGGAAUUAUUUGUUUUCCCAGUUUGUUUCAUAAUAUGGUGGCUUGUCAAGAGAGAUAGAUUUGUCAAAUAUGAAGAUAUGGAUUUCACUACAGAUAGGUAUAUUCCAACUAAGGAAAUAAUAGAAUUGAACGAAACAUUGGAUAAUUUGAAAGGCUGGAAGAAAUAUAGACAAAUGUUCCAUGAGUACGUACUCUAA